AUGAGCACCCCCGAGUACACCCUUUACGAGCUGGUCUCGCGCGAGGACAACAAGGAGAGCCAGACCGGCCACUCGCCGUAUGUGAACAAGACCAAGGCCGACCUUGCCAUCCUCGGCGUGCCCUACAAGUCUGUCCCGCUCACGUUUAUUGGUGUCCGCAACAACCUCGCCAGCGACACCAAGAACGACGUGGUGACCGUCCCUACGCUCCAGCUCAGCAGCGGCGAGUACAUUACUGAUUCGUUCAAGAUCGCCGAGUAUCUCCAGAAGCACCACGCUACUGAGGACAAGUCGCUCUUCCCCUCGCCCGACUCGCACGCCUCCAUCCGCUUCCUGGACUUUUGGAUCGACGGCGACCUCGUGAUUGCCAUCCGCGAGCUGUUCCGCCCGCUCUUCUGGACGAACCUCGACAAGGCCUCGGCCGACUACUUCCUCGAGUUCAAGUACGGCAACGACCAGGCCCUGCUCGACGACCACCUCGCGACUCUGGGCUCGGUGGAGAAGCUGAACAAGAAGGCCGAGGUGGCCCGCGAGAAGCUCAAGACCCUCGACAGGCUGCUUGCCGAGGCCCCCAACGGCGGCCCCUUCAUUCUCGGCACCAAGCCCAGCCACGCCGAUGCGAGCCUCUGGGGCUGGUACGCUGCCUCCCAGGUCAACGCGCCCGUGAUCAACGAGCUGCUCUGGGAGCACCCGUCGCUUCCCAACGUCGCCAAGUGGGUGGCCGCGGCCAAGGAGGCCACCGGCAUCAAGUUCAACUUCCCUCCGGCCAAGAUUACGCCCAAGUGA